AAAUUACAGGGCUUAAUGCAAGCUUUUGAAGAGGUGCUCCUUACAGUUGAUCAUCGGUUUUGUGUUAGGCACCUGUACGCAAAUUUCAGGAAAAAAUUCCCUUCAAAGCAGCUAAAGCGGAUGAUGUGGAAGGCAGCUACAGCAACUCAUCCACAAGCCUGGGAAACCGAAAUGAGAAAUAUAAAGGAAGUCAAUCUCGAGGCAUUCAAAUACCUUAUAAAAAUUCCUCCAAGAUACUGGUCACGAUCAAGGUUUACGACCAAUGCUAAGUGUGAUACUUUGGUAAACAACAUGUCAGAGGCAUUCAACAGUGUAAUGCUGCAUACAAGGUCAAAGCCAAUCAUAACCAUGUUGGAGGAUAUCCGCCUUUACUUGAUGAACAGAUGGGCAACAAACCGAACAAAAAUAGCCUCAUUGUCUGGGGUGAUUUGUCCAAAAAUCAAGAGUAGACUUAAUAAGGAGUCCCGGCUAACCAAAUUUUGGAUUCCAAGCUGGUCAGCACUGCAGUUGUUUGAAGUUCGUCAUGUGUCCCAAGUUGGUGACAAGUUUAUAGUUGAUAUAGACAAAGUUGAAUGCACAUGCAGGAAAUGGGCUAUCUCGGGCAUUCCAUGCUGUCAUGCGUUGGCUGUUAUGAAGUUUCUGAAUUUAGAUGCAGAUGAUUUCAUCCCUGUUUGUUUUAGGAAGUCAACAUACCAAGAAAUCUACUCUUCCAUUGUGUAUCCAGUUAAUGGUCAGAAUAUGUGGGAAAUUACCCCAUAUAAUGAUGUGCUCCCUCCAAAAAAGAGAAUAUUGCCAGGGAGGCCUAAGAAGAAAAGAAGGUUGCAGGAAUGGGAGUUAGUCAAGGACGACACAAGAAUGAGGAAGGGUGGCAUGCAUAAAAGAUGUGGCAUUUGUAAGGAGGUGGGUCACAACAGAACUUCUUGCCAGAAAUCAACCCAAGAUGGUGAACUGAACCCUGACCAAACACAACAAAGCAACCCAACAAAUGAAGAAAACAUACCAUCAUCAAAUCAGCCUUAAUCAAUUCUGAUCGUGAACCUUUUCUGAUGUAAACAAUUCUGAUCGUAAACAAUUCUGAUGUAAACCUCCUAGUUUUGUAAUUAUGUAAAAAAUUCUGAUGUAAACAAUUCUGAUCGUGAACCUUUUCUGAUUAAUACCAGUUUGCUAUAAUGACAACUUUGCUUUUAUGGAAUGUUAUC